CGCACGUGCUGGAGCUCCGGAAGACAAGAUGAGUUCAGUGCAAGAGGAGAAGCCCCCAGAGCCAGCGAAGGCGGUCCGCGAACUACGCAACGCGGAGCUAGUGUCGCGACUACUCGCCGCAACACCGCCAUACUUGUACAGCUCGUUCCCACUGCAACCACACGCGUUCUUCUUCAGCGAGAUGCUACGGUCUUUUGUGACGCGGCAACCAAGGCCUAAUCACUAUCACAGGAGAUUCAAACGGCGGUCGCAUAAAUAUUUCGCUGAAAAUGAAGAGUGGCGGCGAGACUGGACAAAACAGGACGAAGAAAAAAAGGAGCCAGAAACUCGACCCGAAGUUCCGUUAGAGUUGACUGUGGAGAAGCAUCCCCGAGUGCCAUCGCCGAGGAGGCUGUCGCCGAAGAUUGAACAGAAGCCCAGCAGUCCGCCUCCUGGCCGACAGUCGUCUUUCGUCGAUGUAGGCACAGAAGAACUUCCCAAACCCUCGCCUUGCGUCGGCAGAGCUGAUGCCGUACCUUCAAACCUCAUCCUACCCCCGCCUCCGCCAAUGUGGUAUCCACCCAUCUACAACCCACAAUUCGGCGUAGACCCUCUAAACUUUUUCAUAGACUUACGUGUCUCUGGUCAUAUAUAUGACAGGAAACGCGCGCUAGCUGAAGGUUUAGACAACAUUAGCCAAGAACGACCAGAGGAUUCCGGCUUAGACAAAAGAUUAGGCAGGGAUUUCGGAAUGAAACCUCGCCACGUAUCCGCGUUCUCCGUUCCGGUGAGACCAGGCACCGUAGCUCCUGAAGUACCCACUAAAUAUUUUGACCAGAACGGCGCCAACAAGCAGGGUAAACUCAACGGGACGUCGUAUAUAAUGAAGAAUUUGAAAAACGUUUAUGAAAAUUUGAAAAGCUCUCAAAAUGUAAAAGACGUCUCCAAGGUGGAUAAGGAAGAAGAUACAAAAGCAGAGUCCUCAGAUAUUGAUGACGAUAUAAUAGAUUAGUUGUUUAUUGUCUACCUAAUAAAUAAUAGGUAAAAGUGUAAUUUAUAGUGAUGACUGAUGACGGAUGACUGAAUUAAAUAUUAAAUAGAGAAUGAUGAAAUUAGCUCGCUUCCUUCAAUAAGAAGGUAACUAAAUUAAAAGUGUUUAAAGAUUUCUGUAGAUCAAGUUGUCAAAAUGAUUAUGUGUGACUGUAUGUCGGCAUAAUCAAACUAUAUAACUCGAUGUCCCUAAAAUACUCAUACCUCCUUAUUAUUAUUUCAUAUGUUUUGUGAUUGGGGGUUGUACUUAGGACUUAUAGGUACAUGAGCAUACUGUACAGUUUGGCAAAAAAGUGUACAAACGGAACUAUUUUUUUUUAUCAUAGCAACACUUACUGUUCGUUAAU